AUGCUUUGGCAGUUAACAAUUAAUUGGUUACGAAUACCACUACUGCUACUGCUAUCAUCACAACUACACUAUGGUUCAUCUGCAGAACAACUUACAAUAGAAGUACAAAAGUGGGCCAAUCUUUUGAGUGAGCAUCUGCAGGAAAUGUUUAGUGGUGCUACCAAGGAAACUGAUAUCGUUGCGAUGUACAAAAAUUACGGUGAAGUUGAAAUAUUUGACCCUCGAGUAGAGCUUAAAAGGGCAAAAAAUGCAGUCGAGGCAUAUUUAAAGCGACGUGCUAAAAUUGCUUGGGAAGCGAAAGUGUCGCUGGAAUCACGCCAUUUCGCUAAUCUCACUGAGUGUGAUGUAAAUGAUCCGACGAGCUCUCAUUUCAUACGCUUCAUGGCAGCUAAGCAAGAAACUGAUGCCGCUCGAGUGUAUGUGCAGGAUCGUACAGCUGGUGUGAUCGAGGUAAAUAGUACACGAUGGUUUAAUUUAACACUGAAUGCUAAUUUGUACGGAAUUUCAACAAGUUCACUCUCUUCAGCCGUCCAUGUUCCAACACCGGUCUAUGACCGAAGUCCGGAAGUGUUGUUGAAAAUAGAUUGGUCUGAUAUCGAUUAUUUAUACCGAGCAAAUCAGGAAGAAACGCAUGAUCUCGCUUUCCAGAUGUUUUGCUCUGAAUCAGGAUUUAUGCGCUAUUAUCCGGCAGUAUCGUGGGUAUGGGACAAUCGUGUAGAAAAACUUGACUUAUUCGACUGCAGGAGUACGAAAUGGUAUAUAAAUGCUGCAACGCUAUCCAAAAAUGUAAUUAUAAUGUUGGAUAUGUCUGGUUCAAUGCUUGGACAAAGAUUCGAAAUAGCCAAACAAACCGUGGAAGCAAUAUUAGAAACACUCUCCGACAAUGAUUUCUUCAACAUAUUACUGUUCUCAAAAACGGUUGGUUUCUUAGAUGAAUGUAGCGAAAAGGCCGGUUUAUUACAAGCAACAGUUCGUAACAAAAAGAUGCUACGGGCACGAUUGAAUGGUAUGUCAUCAGAGGGUAAGGCAGAAUAUGAAAAAGGGUUAAUUAAAGCCUUCGAAACAUUGAUGAAACUUCCCGGAUCGGUCAAUUUUACAACAACUGAAGAAUUGGCAAUUCGUCGGGAGUUAGCUGGUGGUGUACUACCUGCUGAUGUUCAUUACAUCGCUGUUCAAGAUCAUAUUCUUGUGAUCCCGAAUCAUCUUUACCAGGCAAUGCGUAAUUAUACGGGAAAGAAAACACGGUUUGGUUGUAACGAUAUCAUUAUGCUAAUUACUGAUGGAGCACCCAAUUAUUUCAAACAGAUUUUCCAUCUAUAUAAUAAAAAUAAAUCGGUUCGUUUCUUUUCAUUUCUGAUAGGGGAAGAAGCAACAGAUGUGACACAAGUGAAAUGGAUGGCUUGUGAAAACAAAGGCUUCAUGGUGCAUAUCAGUAAUUUGGCUGAUGUACAGGAAAAAGUUCAGCAUUAUAUCAAAGUAAUGAGUCGGCCGGUCGGUAAGCAUGGUGCAAGUUUUGGUGAAAAAGAUGCCAUUUGGAGUGGAAUAUACAAGGAACGAUUGCUAACAAUCAGUGAAAGCCCAGUGAAGAAAAAAGCCCGGAUCAAACGUGUGGAUCCAAGGACAGAAAUGUUGGUUACAACGGUAAGUUAUCCUGUGAUCAAAGAUGAAGAAUUGAUGGGAGUUGCUGCCGUUAAUGUACCGGUCAUUGAGUUGGCACAACUCGUCCAUACUGUAAAUUUUGGAAGUCGAAGCUACGCAUUUAUGUUGGAUAAUAAUGGUUAUGUGAUGUUUCAUCCACAAAUGCGCCCUCUGGACCCGGAAACAAAGCAAAUGAAAUUGAAUUACAACAAUAUUGAUAUUCUGGAACUCGAAGUGCCACAAAAUCAACAAAUAUUAGACGAUCAUUUAUCAGUGAUGAAUCGUUUACAAUACGAUACUAGUGCGAUGCGUAGUUCAAUGAUUAAUUGCGAUAAUGACAAGGCAUAUACCUUGGAUAUAUUGUAUGCAACGGCCAAUUUGGAACGUGUAUAUCGUCAAUCCAACAAAUAUUAUUCGGAAUGCCUGAAACAAUCACUUUUCACUAUCGGAUUAGCAGUAGUGAAAGGUGAUGAAAAACGAAUAAAACCAAAGAAAGAAAUUAACUACGGUGAUGUAAAGCUACUAUGGUAUGAUAUGCCAAACUGGCUGAUGCAUCCCACCUGGCGCUAUUGCUUACUGAAUGACCGCGACACACAGUUAACUCCUGAGGCUGCAUUUCGUGAAUAUGUUCGAAAAAUGCGUGCAGAUGGGCGUCUGCCUAAGCUUUGUGAAUAUCGAAAGCCUCUCAUCGACAGGUUCCUGUUUGACAUGAAAGCAACAAAUGGUUUAACAAAUUUAUGGGAUGUUAAUUGGAAGGAUAAUAAAAAGAAACAAAUUCAUCUUGUUUGGUUUGCUACCGCUUCGGGUAUGGUAAAAUAUUGGGACGAAUUACCGGAUGGAUUGACAAAUGUCAAUCCUAACUUACCGCCAACAAUAGUACCAGAAACCGGAUCGGUACCGAAGCCAACAAUAGCUUCAACAGGCGCUCAAGCAAUACCGAAGCAGCAAACAAGCUAUCAGCAUUUUAUCAAAGACUUAAAUCGCCGUUCCAGUGAAGAUCUAUACUUUCAACGUAGCAUUCGAAUGCCUGGACGUUUGGUUGUUGAUAUAAACAAGGAAACCUACCUUUGGUAUGAAGAAGAAAGUCAAUCAAUAUAUGGUCGUCCAGAAAAUAUUUCGCUUCUUCUAACGGUCACUAAGGCAUUGGACAUUGAUGGUGCAUUAGUUGGUGUGGUGGGAUUGGAAUUGACUCUCGACUAUAUGGCGAAAAUAAUGAAAAAGUUUGGUUGUGGACCACAGGAUGAGCGUCGAUGGUGUUUUCUGUUGGAUGAGCAUGCAUAUAUUGUUUAUAGCAGUUUGAAUACUUCCAUGAGUAGCAGUAGCGGAUUUUCCGGAGAUGAAACAAGAAUGCCAAAAAAUUUCGAUUUGUUAGGACGUUGGUUUGGAUCGGUCAAUCGAAUUACAGAAAGAACGAUGACGCUGUUGUUGAAAAACAAUUAUUAUACUGAAGCAGUUUAUGUUGAUUAUCAAGCAAUCUGUAAACAGAACGAAAUGCUCAUGUAUACUGCUGGUGCGUCUUUUAGGGUUAAUGCAAUAUUUGGAUCGCUGUUGCAAAUUUGGAGUCGAUUGUUGGCAUUAUUGCAAAAUUUUGAUAUUAUUCAAAUAUUCACAUCAUUAAUGCAUCCUUAUGUUGAUGCGUAUACUGCAACGUUUACUGGUGAUACCGAUACAUUUGCAUGCGAUAAAGCAGCAAAAUACUAUUUGGCAAAUUGGGGUAUAGAGAAUUGGUCAACCAAUGGGUCGAAGCGGGAAAUGCCGAAAUCAUCGGCGCUAAUUGCUGAUAAUUUAUCUGAGCGCCCAUGCAAGCAUAAUCCAGCCAAAUGCGCUGUAAAAAUGUAUGCUCAUUGGGUACCAAAUACCAAUUUGUUGUUGGUCAUUAUUGUGCAAAGCAAUCCGGCAUCAACUUCCUCUGUUUGCUAUGAUGAAACACGAUGUCCACUUUCCGCACCGCCCGAAUUUACGAUUGCCUACAGUCAGGUUGAUAACGCUUCAGACAAGCAACAGAUGAGCGCAAGUACAAACGUAGUGGAUUCAUUUUCCAAAGAUGUUGACGAUAGGAGAUGUCGACAUGUUCAUGCAAAGCAACGUAAAUCGCCGUCGAAAUGUAUACAUUCUGACGAGGAUGAAUCACAAUAUCCAUGUUACCAGAUGGCAUCUCGUUUGGUACCAUUUGGUACGAGAAUUCCUUUACUGAUUGCUAUCAUUUGUGGAAUAGCAUAUAUCAUAUUAUAA